AUUACCUUUACCUUCUACCACCUAACUGUUUGAAAACACAUUUUACUCAAUUCAUAUAUUAUAUUUUACACAUAUACAUAAGAAGGAGACAAAUGCAUAUUUCUUAAUUGAUUUCUGAGCAUUUCAACAGAGAGACAAAGAACAUAGGGACCCGUUGAGGCAUGGCUCCUUUGGGUGUAGAAGAAGAGCAAUAGUUACUGUGAGUGGAGCUUGCAGAGAUUGGAAAAAAACAUGGGAUCCAGUUUUAGGAGCAGUUCUUCAAGAAACGAGCAUGAGGAUGGUGGUGAUGAAGCAGAACAUGCUCUGCAAUGGGCUGAGAUCCAGAGAUUGCCAACUUUUAAACGGCUGAGAUCGUCUCUGGUCGACAAAUAUGGUGAAGGUACGGAGAAAGGGAAAAAGGUUGUUGAUGUCACCAAGCUUGGAGCCAUGGAACGUCAUUUGAUGAUUGAGAAGCUGAUCAAACACAUUGAGAAUGAUAAUCUCAAACUUCUCAAGAAAAUCAGAAGAAGAAUGGAGAGGGUUGGUGUGGAGUUUCCAAGCAUAGAGGUGAGGUAUGAGCACUUAGGUGUUGAAGCAGCGUGUGAGGUCGUUGAAGGGAAGGCACUUCCAACUUUAUGGAACUCUUUGAAGCACGUUUUCUUAGACUUGUUAAAGCUGAGUGGUGUAAGAACAAACGAAGCGAAUAUAAAAAUACUUACCGAUGUUAGCGGUAUCAUUAGCCCGGGAAGGUUAACACUGUUGCUUGGUCCUCCUGGAUGUGGCAAAACUACUCUGCUUAAGGCUUUGUCUGGAAAUUUGGAAAACAAUCUUAAGUGUUAUGGUGAAAUCUCCUACAAUGGACAUGGACUGAACGAGGUUGUUCCUCAGAAAACAUCGGCAUAUAUAAGUCAACAUGAUCUGCACAUUGCAGAGAUGACUACAAGGGAGACAAUUGACUUCUCAGCUCGUUGUCAAGGUGUCGGUAGCCGAACAGAUAUUAUGAUGGAGGUCAGUAAAAGAGAAAAGGAUGGUGGAAUCAUUCCUGACCCAGAAAUAGAUGCUUACAUGAAGGCAAUAUCAGUCAAAGGACUUAAAAGGAGUCUGCAAACAGACUACAUUUUGAAGAUUCUGGGGCUUGACAUUUGUGCAGAAACAUUGGUUGGCAAUGCGAUGAAAAGAGGCAUAUCUGGGGGACAAAAGAAGCGUCUUACUACAGCUGAAAUGAUAGUUGGUCCAACCAAAGCUCUGUUCAUGGAUGAAAUAACAAACGGCUUAGACAGUUCCACAGCGUUUCAGAUUAUCAAGUCUCUUCAGCAAGUAGCUCACAUUACCAACGCAACUGUGUUUGUUUCCCUUCUACAACCUGCUCCAGAAUCAUAUGACCUCUUUGAUGAUAUUGUGCUGAUGGCUGAAGGAAAAAUUGUGUACCACGGUCCACGCGACGAUGUCUUGAAAUUCUUCGAAGAAUGUGGUUUUCAAUGCCCAGAAAGGAAAGGUGUUGCAGACUUCCUCCAGGAGGUUAUUUCUAAGAAGGACCAAGGACAGUACUGGCUGCACCAGAACUUACCUCACAGCUUUGUCUCAGUAGACACUUUGUCGAAGAGAUUCAAAGACUUAGAGAUUGGGAGAAAGAUUGAGGAAGCUCUCUCUAAGCCAUAUGAUAUAUCAAAAACUCACAAGGAUGCUCUUUCCUUCAAUGUUUAUUCUCUUCCAAAGUGGGAACUAUUCAGAGCAUGCAUCUCAAGAGAGUUUCUUCUCAUGAAGAGAAACUAUUUCGUCUACCUUUUCAAGACGUUUCAGCUUGUUUUAGCCGCAAUCAUCACAAUGACAGUGUUUAUUCGAACAAGGAUGGACAUAGAUAUCAUUCAUGGAAAUUCUUACAUGAGUUGUCUCUUUUUUGCAACUGUUGUACUUCUGGUUGAUGGUAUUCCAGAGCUGUCUAUGACUGUUCAACGCCUUUCCGUGUUCUACAAGCAGAAGCAACUCUGUUUCUAUCCAGCUUGGGCUUAUGCAAUCCCUGCAACUGUGUUAAAGAUCCCCCUCUCCUUCUUUGAAUCUCUCGUUUGGACCUGCCUUACUUACUAUGUCAUCGGAUAUACUCCUGAACCUUACCGGUUCUUCCGGCAAUUCAUGAUUCUCUUUGCUGUUCACUUCACAUCGAUAUCCAUGUUUCGGUGUAUAGCUGCAAUCUUUCAAACAGGAGUUGCUGCAAUGACAGCUGGUAGCUUUGUCAUGUUAAUCACCUUUGUAUUUGCCGGUUUUGCCAUCCCAUAUACCGAUAUGCCGGGGUGGUUGAAGUGGGGGUUUUGGGUAAACCCUAUAAGUUAUGCUGAGAUUGGACUCUCUGUAAACGAGUUUCUUGCUCCACGGUGGCAGAAAAUGCAACCCACAAAUGUCACCUUGGGACGCACCAUACUUGAAAGCAGAGGACUAAACUAUGAUGAUUACAUGUACUGGGUCUCACUAUCUGCCUUGUUGGGUCUUACUAUUAUCUUCAACACCAUUUUCACUCUAGCUCUGAGUUUCUUGAAAUCUCCCACGUCAUCUCGUCCAAUGAUUUCUCAAGAUAAGCUCUCUGAGCUGCAAGGAACAAAAGAUUCAUCAGUCAAGAAGAACAAGCCACUAGAUUCCUCAAUAAAGACAAACGAGGAUCCAGGGAAAAUGAUCUUACCUUUUAAGCCACUGACCAUAACAUUUCAAGACUUGAACUAUUACGUCGAUGUUCCUGUGGAGAUGAAAGGUCAAGGGUACAAUGAGAAGAAGUUGCAGCUUCUCUCAGAGAUCACCGGAGCUUUUAGGCCUGGUGUUCUAACAGCGUUGAUGGGAAUCAGUGGAGCCGGAAAAACCACUUUACUCGACGUUCUAGCCGGAAGAAAAACAAGCGGAUACAUAGAAGGCGAGAUCAGAAUUAGUGGUUUCCUUAAAGUCCAAGAAACAUUCGCAAGAGUCUCAGGCUACUGUGAACAAACGGAUAUACACUCACCAAGCAUCACAGUCGAAGAAUCCCUAAUUUACUCCGCUUGGCUCCGUCUAGUUCCAGAAAUCAAUCCUCAAACCAAAAUCAGAUUUGUGAAGCAAGUUCUGGAGACCAUCGAGCUUGAGGAGAUCAAAGAUGCGUUGGUGGGAGUGGCGGGAGUGAGCGGAUUAUCGACGGAGCAGAGGAAGCGGUUAACAGUAGCGGUGGAGUUGGUGGCGAAUCCGUCGAUUAUAUUCAUGGACGAGCCAACGACUGGGUUGGACGCAAGAGCAGCCGCCAUUGUAAUGAGAGCUGUGAAGAAUGUUGCUGAGACUGGACGAACCAUUGUCUGCACUAUUCAUCAGCCUAGCAUCCACAUCUUUGAGGCCUUCGACGAGUUGGUUCUUCUGAAGAGAGGUGGUCGCAUGAUUUAUAGCGGACCACUUGGACAACAUUCAUCUUGUGUCAUUGAGUAUUUUCAGAAUAUUCCUGGAGUUGCUAAGAUCAGAGACAAGUACAAUCCAGCAACAUGGAUGCUAGAGGUGACUUCAGAGUCUGUAGAGACUGAACUCGACAUGGAUUUCGCAAAAAUCUACAACGAAUCGGAUCUUUACAAGAACAACUCCGAGCUUGUUAAAGAGCUGAGCAAACCGGAUCACGGGUCAAGCGAUUUGCAUUUCAAAAGAACUUUUGCGCAGAAUUGGUGGGAACAGUUUAAAUCUUGUCUAUGGAAGAUGAGUUUGUCUUACUGGAGAAGCCCUUCUUACAACUUGAUGCGUAUCGGUCACACUUUCAUCUCUUCUUUCAUCUUUGGUCUACUCUUCUGGAAUCAAGGGAAAAAGAUAGAUACGCAACAGAAUUUGUUCACAGUUCUCGGGGCGAUUUAUGGUCUUGUUCUCUUCGUGGGGAUAAACAACUGCACUUCAGCUUUACAGUAUUUUGAGACAGAGCGUAAUGUUAUGUACCGCGAAAGAUUUGCAGGAAUGUACUCUGCGUUUGCCUAUGCAUUGGCUCAAGUUGUGACUGAGAUACCUUACAUAUUCAUCCAAAGUGCAGAGUUUGUGAUCGUAAUAUAUCCUAUGAUUGGUUUCUACGCGUCUUUCUCUAAAGUGUUUUGGAGUCUCUAUGCAAUGUUCUGCAACUUACUCUGCUUCAACUACCUCGCAAUGUUCCUCAUCUCCAUCACUCCAAACUUCAUGGUCGCAGCUAUUCUCCAGUCUCUUUUCUUCACGACAUUCAACAUUUUCGCCGGAUUCUUGAUCCCAAAACCCGUAAGAUCUUUUGAACAAGUCAUCAUCAUCAUCUUUAACUUAUUACAUACUUUAUAAUGUUUUCUUGAUGUCCAAAAAUGCAGCAAAUCCCAAAGUGGUGGGUCUGGUUUUACUAUAUAACCCCAACCUCAUGGACGCUCAACCUUUUUUUCUCGUCUCAAUAUGGCGAUAUUCAUCAAAAGAUCAAUGCAUUUGGAGAAACCAAGACGGUUGCCAGUUUCUUAGAGGACUAUUUCGGAUUCCAUCAUGAUCGUUUGAUGAUUACAGCCAUUAUUCUCAUUGCAUUUCCAAUUGCAUUGGCUACUAUGUAUGCUUUCUUUGUUGCCAAACUCAACUUUCAAAAACGAUGAUCAAUCAAAUUCACACACCAACACAAUCUUUUCCUUAUACAUUGUCAAAAACUUGUAUAACCAAAAGCUACUAUCAAAAUGUUUCCAAUAUGAAUUCUAUUGAGUUAAUUGUAAAAUGUGCACAGUUUUUAACUACUCUAAUAAUAAUUGGUCAAGAGAAUUGAGUAAACCUUUGCUUCGUUUUUAGAGAUUUCAGGUAUCAAGCUACUGAAGAUGGAAGCCUUGAGGAAAACAGCUUAG